AUGCUUCAAACCUUUAUUAAGAAAGUCUGGGUCCCCAUGAAACCCUACUAUACCCAGGUUUUCCAGGAAAUUUGGGUAGGAGUGGGGUUAAUGAGCCUCAUCGUUUAUAAAAUCAGGAGUGCCGAUAAAAGGAGUAAAGCUUUGAAAGGUUCCAGUCCUGCACCUGCCCAUGGCCAUCACUGA